UCCAUCCAAUUCAUCCGACCCUUUCACAUUUUGAGUAACUUGCUUUAAAACUUAUACAAGUGAAGCAAAUUAAUGGCUUCGAUACACAUCUUAUGGCUCCCUUUUGUUCAUUUUUUGGUUAUGGUUGCAAAGAUUCAUGGGGCAAAAAUUCCAGCCAUCAUAGUGUUCGGAGACUCAUCAGUUGAUGCUGGGAACAACAACUAUAUUCCCACGAUUGCCAGGAGCAAUUUUGGGCCUUACGGUCGUGAUUUCGAUGGUGGCCAUCCAACAGGAAGGUUCUCCAAUGGCAAAAUCGCAACUGACUUCAUCUCCGAGGCUUUUGGGCUCAAAGGGGCCAUUCCUGCAUACCUCGAUCCUGGAUAUAGCAUAUCAGAUUUCGCCACCGGCGUUACCUUCGCUUCUGCUGGAACUGGCUACGACAAUGCCACUUCCGAUGUUCUUUCAGUGAUACCACUAUGGAAAGAACUGGAAUAUUACAAGGAUUACCAAACGAAACUGAGAGCCAAUCUUGGAGAUCGGAAAGCGAACGAUAUAAUCAGGGAGGCCUUAUACAUAAUAAGCAUUGGAACAAAUGACUUCGUUGAAAACUACUACGCAAUCCCAGGCCGUUCAUCGGAAUACACCAUAAGAGAAUACGAAAACUUCCUGGUAGGAAUCGCCGGAAAUUUCACAAAGGAACUGUACGAUCUAGGUGCCAGAAAAAUAUCGUUAGGAGGAGUGCCUCCAAUGGGGUGCAUGCCAUUGGAGAGAACCCGAAAUCUUCUUGGAGGAAAUGAUCAAUGCUUGGAUAGUUUAAACAAUGUGGCAGCCGAAUUCAAUGUCAAAUUGAACGAUUUGGUGAUCAAGCAGAACAAGGAGUUUCAUGGGAUGGACAUGGUCUUUUCAGAUCCGUAUGGCAUUUUGUUGGAAAUCAUACGAAAGCCAGCGGUUUAUGGAUUCGAGUUUACAGGGGUUGCAUGUUGUGCGACAGGGAUGUUCGAAAUGGGAUACGCAUGCAGGGGGAUUAACCCUUUCACAUGUUUGGAUGCAGACAAGUACGUGUUCUGGGAUUCUUUUCACCCGACAGAGAAAACCAAUGGCAUCGUAGCCAAUCAUGUGGUGAAGACUUCCCUAGCCAAGUUCUUUUGA